AUGGCAGCCAAGUUCGUAGUUUUCGCCGCCCUAGUGGCCAUGGCUCACUGCUCCGUGGUGCCAGUGGCGCGAGUAGACGCCGACUACACCAGCUUCGCAUACGACGUGGCCGACCCCAACACCGGCGACUUCAAGAGCCAGGUGGAGACCCGCGUGGGCGGCAACGUGGCCGGCCAGUACUCGCUGCUCGACGCUGACGGCACCAAGCGCACUGUGGACUACACCGCCGACGAUGUCAAUGGGUUCAACGCUGUGGUGCGCAAGGACCCCGCUGUUGUCGCCGCCGCUCCUGCUGUGGUAGCUGCCGCCCCCGCGGUAGUGGCUGCCCGCACUGUCGCCGCUCCCGCUGUGUUCGCACGCACAUACGCCGCGCCCACCGUGUACGCCGCUCACGCCGCUCACGCCGCUCCCGUCUACACCGCUCCUUCUUUCUACUCGUACGGUGGCCCCGCCCUGUACUCCGCUCCCCUCACUUACGCCGCUAAGUGGUAA